AUUGCGUAUGGCGCCCUCUCUCUCUUGGGGUGCGGUACAAUGCCGGUAGUGUUACUCAAACCCCCAGAAGACCCUCUACUUUAGUCAAUCCUUGGUGCCAUUCCAAACAUCUCCAGGGACUCCAUGUCUCCGGGUCAUCCUGAUCCUAGGGAGUCAGACCUCCAUUUUUCAUCAUCUCCGAGGAGUAAAUCAUUCCAGCAGCCAUGCCAGCACCAACGGACGUAGCUACGGUCCGGAUGCGUGCGUACCUGAGUCUGCCGCUGUCAGAGAGAUGCAGAGAGCUGGCAGUCCUGAUUGACGAGUCGAGUACAACGGAAUUGCAGAAUGUCUUCCCCCAGCUGAUCGACUCGAUAUUCGGAUUGUCAAGCAACACAGGGUGGGGCCUCCACACGAUUAAUCUCCGAAAGCAUCCCCAGGAGUACGAGGUGUUGAGCAACUUUCUGGGCCCACAGGGUCCCAUAUUUUCCCUCUGCUACAAACUCCUUCCAGAUUGCUACCUGAAAUAUGAUUUUCCAGUGUCAUACCUGCCCACCAAGAUCCAGGUGAUGCUCGAGGAUGGAAUUGUUCCCCCAUUUUAUUCCGACAAGCUCAAGGACGAGCACAACAGUCGAAUGCCGUCAGCUUUAUCGAUGAAUCCAUUCGAGUACUACAUCUUUCAUUUUGCCUAUCACCUGACCAAUCCCUGGCUCCAGCUCCAGCUGUUGGAGAACGUGUGGAUCAACUGGGAGACGGUGUACGUGCAAUUGGCGCAUCUGUACUUGUAUCAUUUUUUACCGAGAGAUAAUUCACCGGUUCUGCCGAUAAUUGGGCCUUACGUCAAGAAAUCACCACCCAGGAAGAUCGUGCAUUCACCAGAGACCAAGAGAGUUCAGACUCCUAGACUCCUGAGAUCAAUGAUCCUGUCACCUAGUACAGCUCAUCCUCAGGGAGGGCCUCAGCAGCAGUGUCUGCCCCAGGUGUGGCGGAGUGAGACAAUUGUCCAGGUAUUUUUGGACUUCUGGCUGGAGUACACAGAGGAAGAAAAAAUUACCUCCCAACCGUUGACAUCUACCCUGUCCUCUCUUCCACGUCGUCAUUCAAUUCACUCUGGUGAGCACAUACGUCUGGUGAGGGCCUUCAUAAAGACACUCCACGAAUUUGCAAAUAGCGCAAUCGGUGACAGAUCAGCGAUGGACGAGUUGAAGAGAAUAAUUUUGCCAUCGGUCCAGGGAAAGAUCUACACAUUCCUCCGGAAGGCCAUUCACCACUGGCCCCUGGACAGUUCGUUCCGCCUGAUCCUGGAGGCAUGGCUCAGUUUCAUUCAGCCCUGGAGGUACGUUCCUGAGCUGUCUUACAGCCCACAGGGCAGACCUGAGGACGAGGACAAGGGAAAAAUUCAUGAUCCCCAGAGGUGGAUGUCAUUCGUGGCGAAUAAUCUUCUUGCUUACACCUCGAUAUUCCAGCAGUUGCUCCCCAGGUUCAUGAGGACUGAUCUCGUUGCACCCAAGAAUGCACUGAUGCUCUUCAGGGUGACCAAAGUCUUCUCCCAGCCUUAUUUACCCCAGAUGCUAGCUGAGGCUGAGACCUACAUGGAUGACAACAUCACCAGGAGUAAAAUAUCCAGCAAUCAGUGGAGUGCUGUUGCCAGGCAGCAGAUACUCGAGCUCGAGGGACCGUCUUAUCAGUAUUUACCCAUGUUCUCGGAGUCAACUGUCUCGCAGAUCGUCUGGUUUCUCAGUAUCAUCAAGCAGGCCCAUCUCACUGCCACCAGUAUCGUUGAGGCUCUGGAGAAGAGGAACACCGAGAAGAAAUUCAUCAGGACAAUUUGGGAGUUCUUCAACGGCGAGGAGCACAGCAAUGAUGAUAUUGGAUUGGCUGAGAGGAAAAGAGUUCCUGGAUUUUUAGCCACCUCUCAGCAGCAGAUCAUCGAAAUCUUUCAGAUCAAGGUCGAGGAUAUCCCACAGGUGGCUAUCGUUGCCGAUCAAGAGUAUCAUGACAGCAUCCUGUCGGAUUCAUUCUGUCAAUCCCAGUGUGAAGGGGCUUGCGUUGAUGGCAGCAGACCUGGGGUUUUUGUACCCAUCCAGGAAGAGAGACAGCACUGCAGGUACAUCGAGUACAUGGGAGACCCUGAGCUACUCCCUGUCAGGAGUAAUGAGUGUGAAAUUCUUGUCAGAUGGUUCUACAGAGUGUGUGAGGUCAUCAAUUCAAAGUACAAUCUACAAAUAACGACUUUUUAUAAUCGAGAGGAUUUCGUUGGACGUCUGACGAAGAAGAUUAUCCAGCCACCGACGACUGUCAGGCAAUUACCGAAACGUGUGAAUGGAGGGUUCACUGGCGGCUCCGAGAAAAUUAUUCCACCUAGACUGUCUCUACGGAUUUUUGCUAGUUAUAAUUUUAUGACAGCUUUUUUAAUCUGUUUUAUUCUCUUACGGAUCAUCGGUUAUGGCAUUCCUGGAUCUUUAUUUAUUGUCAGUUGUUUAUGGAUUUUUUAUAUUAUCAUUGGGGCUAUUUGCGAGCCCUGGACCACGAGAUCGAAUGUCAAUAGAUUUGCUGACAAUACCCUGGGAUUUUCCGGGAACUGAUGGAAAUUAUUUCGAAAUUAAUGCACCGCGGAACGAAAGAUUUUCGUUUCUUAAUCGUGAGAUUUUCUCAUUAACCACUGGGUCUAGGGGAAAAAAUCAAAAGACAUUUUUUCUUGGGAAUCUUAUGGAGUGAAAAAAAGUCUUAUGACAUUUUCCUCUGACGUCAUUGGUUCUCUAGAUAAUUAGACAAUUAGGGUAAUUGUUCACAUCGAAAAAAACAGAAACUCAAACAGAAUUUCCAUUAUUAUUUUAAUUAAUCAGUCAUUAUCACUGAUUCAUUAAUGAUACGAAUAUUUUUAUAAAAAUGUACAUUUGACAAUACAAUUUUGUAUCAUAA